AUGCAAGUAGCUAUGAUGCCUGGCCAGUCCCCGUCCUCAACCCUGAACAAUGGCAAUGCCUCGACACCAGAUCCACCGGUCUCAUCCUCUGCCUCCUCAUCGGACGCCGAUCGUUUACGUGCUUCAAUGGAAGCUUGGAAGCGAACCGCUGCUAUAGCUAGUGAGAGAUAUAGUGAAGCGAGGCAGAGACAAAUUGCAGCUGAGCGGGAAGAUCGACAUGAGCUUCGCAAAAGAUGGCUCGAAGAAGAAGCGAAAAAGCGAGCAGAAAGUGUGGGUAAGCAGAAAGAUGGUUUGAGCGGUGGCAAUGUGUCGUCAAAUAUGCCUCCCACCGACAGGAAACGUCACCUUGAUAAUAACGACUACGGUCACGAGGAGUGGAGGCAAGGUUUUCGCAUGAUGGAGGGAUCAGGUAUGCCUGAGAUAUCGAAAGCAUCUGCUGAUAUGUACGGUAACAUGGGCUACCAUACUCCUAAUGGAAGUUUCUACCCAGGAAUGAUGAUGCAUGAAAUGCAGCAGCAGGGUAAAGGAGUGAUGGUCGGAUUCUCCAGCCCAUCGGCACCAAGCUUUCGUGGGAACUCGUUUCCAACGUCACAGACGGUGUCUUCAUCUGUGGCUUGUUCUCCGAUGCCGUCAACGUCCACUGCCGAUGCAUCGACGUUGGGUCAACGCUUUCCUUCGAUGGAAUUGCCUCAAUUUCCCAUCUCCACUGACUCAACACCAGUCAUUCAGCAACAGUCGCAACAAGCCCAAUUCUCUACCUCCGAUUCAACUCCAUACAGUUGUGGGAUGCGCCCAAGUCCUUCGAUGUGCCCGACGUCACCGAAUGAGGUAGCGAUACAUCCAGAAUCUGAAGACAAUCAACAGUACCACAUGGUAAUGAUGCAGAAACAUCAGCAACACAUGAAGGCGAUGAUGCAACAGCGAGCUGCUAUGAUGUAUCAAGGCUAUCCGAACGGAGCGAACAUGUCUCAGCAACAGUACUUCAUGCAUAUGCAAAAGAUGCAGCAGGCACGGUUCGCUAGUGGUGUCGAUCCGUCAGCAUCAGCAUUCAUGAGUGGUCAGCGUAUGAUGGGCAUGCGAGGAGCACCGAUGAGCGCUGCUGGACCAAUGAUGGAGCCGAUGCCGCCCGCAGGCGGCUAUCCAAGCGGAUAUCCUCAAGGAAUGCAGCCGUUUCCACCACAGCAACAGUACGUGGGGCAAUUCUCGAUGAACUGA